CGUGGACAGACACGCAGGGGCACCAUUUAUGGUCUUGGCAAUUUCCAGUACACUAACAAGCGUCCUUCUGAGUCUGUCCCUGCUGCACUCAAGCGAGACAUAAACGUGGAGAAGAGGGUUUCUGGCCUGGAGACUGAGUUGCAUGCUUUGAAGACUGACUUCAAUGAAGGCAAUGCUAGAACUCAGGCAACUCUUGACAUGAUUCUGCAACUUCUUCAGCCUCAAGCUUCUUCUGCACAAGCAAGUCACUCUCAGCAUCGCUCUCCCUCUCAUUCUGCAGCUCCACCUCAAG